CCCCGCCGCUUCCUCCUCCGGCCGCCCCCCGCCGGCCUUCUUGGCCCCGCCCCGUCCGCGCCGCGCGUCUGGCCCGCCCGCGGCCCGCUUCUCUCGGGAGCCCCCACCCAGGUGCAUGGCUCCAUGAAGCAGGAGGAGGAGGCAGAGCGCGAGAGGUUCCGUCUGACCCGGCUGCGUCUGGGCCAGGAGGAAAGGUACAGGAAGAAGGAAUGGAAUCGGAAGGAAGAAAAUUCAUUUCAGAGACAAAAUAGCUCCCCUCCUCUGUUAUAGCUGUUCCCCUGGCAAUACAAACUUUCUGCUUUCAGUGAGUAUUACCUUGGACAUACUUAGACUAGAAUUUUGUUGCUUUUGCUCUCUUUUUUCGUUUUAGGCCUGUGCUAGGACUUUAGGAUGUAGGUUUACUUUGUUCGCUUCUGUUAUUCUGCUUCCGUGAGGGUGUCCUAAAGCUGAUGAAUCCUUCCACUUGCUCUCUUUAUAUGUAAAGACAAGUUUAUUUUCCAUAAUCCCAUUAGAGUGACCUAGAUGGUGGUGUAGUAUUACACUUACCCUUCGCGUCUCCCACCGCUUCCCAAAUUAUGCAUUUUUUAAAGACAAAGAUCAUAACUUGUAGGUUAAUGCAGUUCCUGUCAAGGUCAAUUAUUGGGUGUCUUCCACAUGGGUAUAAUCUUCAGAGAUUUAUGGAACAUUUUGCCCUGAAUCUGCUAGGGUGAUACUGUUUUCUUAAAAAUAAUUAAAAGUCUACACGUAAACCAAGUUCUGGAAAAAUUUUUAUUACUGCUGCGUUCCCCUCAAAUGUGUUAAUAACGGUAUGCAAACACUUGUAAGAGAGUUUUCCAGAUCGCUUCGCAUCUUACUGGAGGCUCACAGCCACUCUGUGAGGAAGGCAGAGGACAAAUAUUUUCAUUUUACGAAUGAAAGAACCAAGGCCCAGAAGGAUCUGGCACCCUGCCAUAGCUCACAGAGUACAGGGAGGGGAUCUAAAAGGAAAACAGAGCAUCUGACUCCUUGUGGUCAUGUUUUUCCUUAAGCUAAGUUGGCAUGAAAGUGUAUAGUACUGUGUAUUUUUCUAAAUCUGUAAAUUUUAGAAGCAAUUGUAUAGGUAGAUCUCUUUUUCGCAGGGAAAAUUUUCACACAGCAAAUGUUUUGGCUGUUUAUGUGUGUAUGAUGGGCUUUCGUGUAGAAAUGAUUAUUUGAAAUGAUGACCAGAAUGUUUGUGGGUCUUUCAUCUGUUUCUUGGAAUUGUUCCAUAAUAAGUAGGCCAGAAUUAUAGCUCAGGUGCCGUUUCACUGCUCAAAUAAUGAUUAAAUUGAAUUUCAGUUCAACUCUGUGUCACAAAGGAAACAGCAGCCUGUUCCCUUCUGCGUAAAGCUUGGUUUGAAUAGACAUCCGGAGAGUAAAUAAUAACAGAAGAAAAUACAGAGACCUCUUUUUUCUUUGCUUUUUGCCUACCUUCCAAAUCCAUUUUCUAUGUUAUAAGGUCAUGCCCCCGCAUAGGCUGUUUGGGGCUUCAAAAGAUGACUCUCUCUCUAUUUUUUCCCACCUCCAGGCUCUUCUAGAUGUUUUAAUCUGGUUAUUGUUGGAAAUCUAACUACUUUGACUCAGUAGUUCUGUUAGUACUCAAUAUAUAUCAAGGUAUCUGUAAUAACAACAACAAAUUUAGUUUCUUUUUAGUGUAUGGCUGCAAGCUUAAAAGAGGACCCUUGUAGAACAGAACUGUGCACAGCUCUCAGCCCACUAUUCCUUAUAUCUUCUGGUGUCUCACAAUGAAAAAAACAGUGGAUGACUUAUUAGAAGCAUGUCUCUCCAAAGAGGAAAAGCAUCAAGGUCAUUAGAGUAAUAACUCCAUGUUAAUAAUAUGAUCUUUCAAUGUAUCUACAAAGCAGAAGUAGAGUCACGGUUGUAGAACACAAACUUAUGGUUACCAGGGGAGAAGUGGGGGAGGGAUAACUUGGGAGAUUGGGAUGGACAUAUACCCGCUACUAUAUGUAAAACAGAUAACUAGUAAGAACCUACUGUCUAGCACAGGGAAGUCUGCUCAAUACUCUGUAAUGACCUAUAUGGGAAAAGAAUCUAAAAAAAAAAAAAGUGGAUAUAUGUAUAUGUAUAACUGAUUCACUUUGCGCUACAUCUGAAACUAACAUGACAUUGUAAAUCAACUAUACUCCAAUAAAAAUUUUUAAAAAAUAAUAUCUUUGAGCCUACAUGGUAGUUCUUAAUAGAAUUUUAUUAUGAGGACAUUUAUCCCUCUAGAAAUCGUAAGAACUCAGAGCUAUGUUAUUUAUAUAACAAACCCUGCUUUUAUCGGUAAAGGUAGUCCUAGUAUUAGUAAUAGCAGAUGCUUUAAUGAAUAGUAGUUCUGUGCCAGAGAAGUGCUAGAUGCUUUUCAUGUCUUAGUGAAUUGCUCACAACUAAGCCCUCUGUGGUAGCAGGAGCCCAGGUCCACAGAGAUGUGACAGCCUGCCUGAGUUUGUACCUGGUAAGUCAGAUUGGGGAUUUGAGCCUAGACAGUAACCCCAAAGCCUGGGCUGUGUCCUCCGAAGAUGGGAGCUGCUCUGGGAAGGCACCAGCUUGUUGUUUUCAGUGGACUUAGGAGCCUUGGAAGGGACCCCUAGCAAGGGAGGAAGGCCCUCCUGUCCAGCCAGCCACGUCUGUCAGGGUGUCCUCACAUCCUCCCCUCAGUACUGGUCUCCACACCUUGUUUAUGUUUAUAACAUCAGCAAUUUAUGAGACAUCAUUUGUAUUAACUCCUUUUUUUAAAACUUUUAUUGGAGUAUAGUUGUGUAUUAACCCCUGAAAUCGUAAAUUGCCCUCCAGACAAAUAAUGCUCCCUUGGGUAGCUCUUAAAGCGCCCCAUCUUUGAUAAAGAAAAGAAAAUUCUUUUCAAGUGCAGUUUAGAAACUAGGUGUGUCCUUUGGAAGGAAAGCCUUGAGCAACCUGCAGUUAAACAGCACCUGCGGCCAAGUCUAGGACUGACCAGUUACUGUGUUUUAGCCAAGAAGCCAGCUACCACCAUAAACCAAACCAAGAAGUUACUGUAGGGGAUAUUUGACGUGUUUUUUAGAAAUGAAUUGUCCACGUUGGCUCUCCGCCUUGCUAUGAAUUAAACCAUUCCUUGGUUUGGGCUGAGUAGAGCUGAUGUGUUUUGGUUUGGUUUUGGUUUUGUUUUUUUUGGCCACACCCCAAGGCUUGCGGGAUCUUAGGUCCCCGGCCAGGGCUCGAACCCAGUCCCCAGCAGUGAUAGUGCCGGGUCCUAACCACUGGACCGCCAGGGAAUUCCCUGAGUUGACAUUGUUGAUAAUAAUAGAUACUUGUAUUUUGGUCACUUUUCAGCUUCUGACACACUCAACAGUCAGCACCUCACAGUGAAACAAGAGUAUCUAAAAGUCAGGUUGUGCCAUAAAUAUUCUUUUUAUUAGAAAGGCUAACUUAAAUGGAAUUGCUGGGAGAUCUGUAGAUAAGGUUGUUGGUGUGUGUACCAUGUGCAAGACGCUGUGUUAGGUGUUGCGAAAGAAAAAACACAGAUGCGGCUCGGCCUCUGAGACUAAAGGUGUUGGUGAGUUCAUUGCUGGCUGGAAUUUAAGUGGCCCAGAUCAACAACACACUGCUCAGCUUUCCCACAGAGGGGGCCGGAGAGGUGCCUUUGUUGUGCACCCUCGUGAAGGCCAGGACCCCUUGAAUACUGCAUGUCAGGUAAAGGGUGUGGUGACUUUUUCAACCCUGAGAGCAACUUUACUUCAUUUGACACUUGCUAGGUUAGGCGGUCUUAAGAGGUAACACAGUGAUUCCUGUUAUUUCCUCCAGCUUUUUGUGGAAGUGUGGGUAUUGUCUCCAUCUGGUGGAAAUCCAGUUUUAACUAGUUCUUUUUCAUUGUUCGUUCUAAAGUGGACAGACGGUAGGAAAAUGACAUCACUGCCAUUGGCCCUUAAAGUGGCCCUUGAGUUUAGCUUUGAAAGAGUAACCAGCUGAAGGCUCCGAAGGGUCUUAGUGGUGCAUGUGUUUACAAAGCAAGGGCUUUUGCCUGAUUCCAAUUACUUCCGAUGAACCAGCUUGACAGGAGUAACAUUUAUUUGCUCCUACUAUGAUCAGUGUACCAUUGCUGGUAGUGUUCAUGAGGUUUGGGGGAAGAGUGAGAACAAAUGCACACAGUCCUAGAAGAGGUAGACUGUGCCGUUGGGGUAUUUGUUUUUAGCUGGUCAGACAGCAGGUUAGUCUGUUGUACUGAAAUGCUGUUAUUCUGAGGGAUCUCACACUGUGCCCUCAGAAGCCGAGCGGUUGGAGAAAUGAAUGUGUCUUUGGUCGUUGUAGGACAGUCCCAGGAGCCGAGUCUGGGACACUUAGCUGUGGUGAGAUGCCCGCUUUGUUGGAGUGGGGUUAGAAGAGUCUCACUUUAAAGAGGAACUUGAUGAAAUUGAUAGGUUGAGGUUGAUAUGGGUUCCGCAGCAUUCCAGACCUCAAGCACUGGUUCAGGAUGGGAAAAAGACGCUGCGUCCCCCCACUGGAGCCCAAGCUGGCAGCAGGCUGUUGUGGGGUUAAGAAGCCUAAGCUGUCUGCAGGUGGGACGCACGGUCACGGGAGCCAGUCCACAGCCGUCCCCGGCUCCAGCGCGGGGCCUCUUCAGAACCACCAGCAUGUGGACGGCGGCGGUGGUCGCGAGAACGUGUCGGACUUAACUCUGGGACCUGGAAACCCUCCCAUUACACGGAUGAACCCCGCAUCGGGAGCGCUGAGCCCUCUCCCCAGGCCCAAUGGAACUGCCAGCACCACCAAGAAUCUGGUGGUGACCGCAGAGAUGUGCUGCUACUGCUUCGACGUCCUCUACUGUCACCUCUACGGCUUCCCACAGCCACGCCUUCCUAGAUUCACCAAUGACCCCUAUCCGCUCUUUGUGACGUGGAAGACGGGGCGGGACAAGCGGCUUCGUGGCUGCAUUGGGACCUUCUCAGCCAUGAAUCUUCAUUCAGGACUCAGGGAAUACACGCUAACCAGUGCACUUAAGGACAGCCGAUUCCCCCCCCUGACCCGAGAGGAGCUGCCUAAGCUUUUCUGCUCUGUCUCCCUCCUUACUAACUUUGAGGAUGCCGGUGAUUACCUGGACUGGGAGGUUGGGGUCCAUGGGAUUCGAAUUGAAUUCGUCAAUGAAAAAGGCGUCAAACGUACAGCCACAUAUUUACCUGAGGUUGCAAAGGAACAAGACUGGGAUCAGAUCCAGACGAUAGACUCCUUGCUCAGGAAAGGUGGCUUUAAGGCUCCCAUUACCAGUGAAUUCAGAAAAACCAUCAAACUCACCAGGUACCGAAGUGAGAAGGUGACAAUCAGUUAUGCAGAAUAUAUUGCUUCUCGACAGCACUGUUUCCAGAAUGGCGCUCUUCAUGCCCCGCCCCUCUACAAUCAUUACUCCUGACACACGGCUGCAUGACCAGUCCCACCCCCCCGUGGCCACCAAUGGCUAUGACAUCAUUGGAGCAGAUGCCUCCUCUUCCUGGUCCAGUUACUUUUAUUACUGCACCAUUUUAUGAUGCUAGCUUCCGUUGCCAAGUCUGCCUCCAGCUGACUGAGGGGGGCGGGGUUACAUCGAAUGAAACAGAACUUGAGGGGCCCAAGCCUUAUCUCAGCCUUUCCUCAGUAUGGGGUUCCGUUGGAUUGGGGCUCCUCCAUGACUAGUGAGAAUUCCGUGUGGGUUCAGAAGACCUUGGCUGCAGGUGCCGCUGGUGAUUCGCUGCCUGUGUGUUGGCCACUCAGUGGAAGCUGGAAUUGAUGGUCCAUGAAGGCUUAGCCCACACACACCCCUGCAGCCUCCCCAGAUCGAGUAGGUGUAUUCCCCUGGCAGUCUGGGCAACGGAGACCAACAAGAAACGUUUUUAGGUUGUUUUAAAUUCCUUUUUUUAAACUUCCAGUGUAUAGCAUACCACGAGUUGAUCUCAACCUCCAUGCUUCGUAAGUGGACGCCAUGUUAGGGUCGAACGUGGGCACCAUGAGUCGUUUGCGGCUCCUGGACAGAGACCCACCUCAAGAUCGGAAGCCCUUUGGAUGGCGUUGCAGAUCUCAUUGCUCAGUUAGCCUCAAAGGUUUUAAUUCUCAUCCCACUAUCAGUUGGAUUUUCUGGCACUCUUCCUGCAUUGAGUCUCCUGGUAUCGAACAGAGCGCUGUGGUGUAGCCUGCAGAGGAAUGGACUGGGAUGCCCGCGGGAGGUCCUGACGGCAUCGCUGCAUGCAGUGUCGAGGGAGAGACCUCUUCCUUACCACCCGGCUACCUCACUCCUCUACUGGUGGCAGUGCCUAUAGCUGGAUCUAGGUUCUCAGAGGGCAGAGGUGUUCAGACAAGCACUUGGGUCGGGCUCUAGAAGGGCACGUCGGCAUAGGAGAGAAUCCAGGGUCUCUAAGCAGUUUUUCUGUUCCGGCAAACAUCCUGAGAGACCUUUAAGCAGAGGAGUUCCUUUUUCUAGUUUGCCUGUAGAAGUGGGAAAACUGUUGCUGUUACAGUCCUUACAGGACUUUAGAACAAAGCUGUGUCAUUAAACAAGGUGAAUCUUUAUCUUGCCUAACAUGCCGGGAAUCUUUACCCCACCAUGGCAGAGUUCCAAAUAGCUCAUUUUAUUCUAGGUCAUUCAUCCUUUCGUGUGGCAUAUUUCCCUUUCUCGUUGUUGCUGAUUCCAAAUACCUGUCAGCAAGUUUCUCCUCCCUCUUGCCUAUUCUUCACUCAUAUGGUGGCAAAGUUCAUAGAAGCUGGGGACUUGGAAGACGCUUUGAAAACAUGGUCACAGAGGCACUGCUGAAAUGAUUCACAGGAAGAGGUGGCCACUUGGAAGAAAGGACCCUACGGGUGAUACACUGGUUUUCAACAACGUGUUUAGAGAACUCUCGACGCGGAUUGGGUGUCAACCCAGUGAACACAAUGUUUUGAUUUAAUUUAUUUUUAAUGUUUAUGUGGUAGUGGUGUGGCUUUCCGAAAAUGGGCAGAUGUUCAAGUCAAAGGGUCUUUGGGGUUUGCUUCUGCCAGGAACGGGGGAGGGGGAGCAGAGGCACAAUCUGAGGAACGACACACGUGCCAUUCUAGGCAUAGUUGUCUCGUUUCUUGAAGAGAUGGGUAAGGGUGAGCAGGUGAGCUCGGCACAGUCCUCUGCUGUUGGCGAGGGUGUGGAACGGGCAAGGGAAGCGCCGGCUGACGUCUGGAUGUGCGGGCUGGGCUGCUGCACGCCGCCGCCUUUCCCUCGCGGUGUUCGUGAAAACAGGCUCCCAAAGAGGAAGGGGUUGUUUCGUGAUUUCCUGCUGCUGAGAAUAAUAAAUGUCUUGUUGCAAAUAAAUGUGACGGCAGUUACUCUUAGGUGCCAUGGAUCGAUGUCAGGGUGGUCAGCAGCUCUGGACUAAACCGCCCACCUCCAAUUUGUACAACAGUAUUGAUACAUAGGGCUACACUCAUUCCUGUUCAAGUCUUCUAUGUUGAAAGUUGUGUUUAAUUUCUAAAGUUUAAAAAAAGCAAAAAAAAAUGGUGCUAAACUUUCACCCCUGAGCACGCUCAGUGAGACUGGUCAUGCAAGCAUUUUCAGUGCCAUGCUCUUUCAAGCCUAUUUUUUCUCGUAGAAAUGUUGCCCUAUUUGUCUUCCCCAACGUAUAGUAUGUUUUUUUAUUUUAUUGAGGGUGGGGUAGGAUACCUGCCAUUUAAGAAAAUGAACAGAAGAUUUUAAAACCCAGGAAAUGGGGGGGGAAAAUAGCAGUGCACAAGAAUCGGGCUCCUGAAGCCCAGCACCACACUGACGAGGGCUCCGUGGGCUCUCUCCACUUUCUGGAGUGAGGAAGCCUGACUCCCUGCACAUUCCCUCACGUCCCCAUCCAAGCCCAGCAGUGGAGAUGCUCGAGGUCCUCUUGCCUUGGCAAGGGGACUCAGGAGUCGGCCGAGGAAAACUGUUUGGCCCCGUGAGGAAUGGCACUGUCAGUGUCUGUCCCGAAUGGAGCCUAGUCAGGAAGUGGUCUGGAAGUAUACGGUCAAGGUCACCUCCUGAAGAUGUAUGGCAGGUGGCUCUCAGGAAAAAUACUAAGUCUGGAUCAUCCACGUGGCAGCUUUGCGUAGGGAGAUGACAACUCCGAACUGGAACUGACCUGCCUUCCACGUGCUUGACCACAGCAGUGAUGAGGGCGGCCAGUCCACGUAGUGGGAGUGGUGGGUUUGAAGAGAAGGGAAGGUUUUUCUGCUCGGUGUUUCCUUUGUCCUUGGGCUGCUCAAGCUGAACAGUAACCACUGUUUUCAAGGAACCAGCUCCACCUUGGCUGGUUUGGUUCGGAGUUCGUUUCAUCCCUAGCUGUGAGUGCCUUUUGGUCUGGAAGGUUGGCUUGUCUCAUAAUACCCACAGCUAGGACAUUCUCUGUAAUUUCGAAUUGUCCUUGUUCUCCAUUAACUAAAAGAGAAUGUCUGAUCACUAGAGUUCGUCGGUGUUGGAUUGUUUCCACUGUGAGGUUCUUAAACUUUUUCGCUUCAUGAUAUUAAAAAGCAACUCAUGUUAGAGACCCUUUCAACGUGAAAGGUUUGUAGUUGAGACAUUACAUAUAUUUUAUUGUUUAUAAUAAAUAUCAUCUGUACAAAAGUCCUGGGUGUUAAUUUUAAUAUUUGCACAAGAUCUGUUUUCCAUGAUAUGUUAACACCUACAAUUUCACUAACUGUUAUUUUCUAUUGAGAUUCUGGAGCCUAGGGAGCUAUUUGUUCUUUUUGUUUAUUUUCAUUCUUAUUUCCCUGAAGCAAGAGACUUUGUAUGGCCUUCAGUGCAAAGACUUUAGACCAAUUCUUUGUAUUACACUUGGUUGCCUCUUGGCUAUAUAACUUCUGAGUGCAAAUCAUUGAACUCUUUAACAAAGUAUUGUAGAGAAUAAAUCAUAAUGGGUAAAAAUU